CGGGGCGGGGAGGGGGGGGGGUGACUCCGUGCUGCGUCCCGGCCUCUUGUUUUUCCUCCCCCAUUUCCGCCCUUCCCUUCUUGUUUUUCUUUUCUUGUUGUUUUCUUGGGGGGGGGGGGGGGCGUUUAGGCCCGCGCCCUGACGGAAAGCCCGCCGGCGGGGCCUGCGCUGCCCGCGGGGCCGGGGCGCUAUUUUCCCCCCGCCUCGCGCGACCUGCUGCCGCCUGUGAGGAGAGGGCGCCGGGCAAUGGCGCCGGGCUAGCGGCGCCGGGCGGCGGCUCGCCCCGCGCCGAGUUGGGCGUCCCGCGGGCCGGGCCGGCGCCGUUGCCGUUGCGCGGCUCUGCGGGGCCGGCGGGGCGGCUGCCGGCGGCGCGGAUCCGUUGGAGGCCCCUCGCGCGCUGCCUGCGCACCGCGGUGGUUGAGGGGGAAAAGCGACCCGUGUGCGACCAAAGGCUAAGUCUUGAAAACAUGAUUCCUGCAACUAUUCACACUGUCCUGAGUGCUCUGUAUUUAUGCUGCCACAGAAAGAACUGGUUACACUCGGAGAAGAAACACAAGAAACACUAAGGACUGAAAUGCGCUUGCAGCUAAAGUUUCCUCAUCAUGAAUAGGUACACAACUAUCAGACAGCUUGGUGAUGGGACCUACGGCUCUGUCCUCCUAGGGAGAAGCAUUGAAUCUGGGGAGCUAAUAGCCAUUAAAAAAAUGAAGAGAAAGUUUUACUCCUGGGAGGAAUGCAUGAACCUUCGAGAGGUUAAGUCUUUGAAGAAAUUAAACCAUGCCAAUGUAGUAAAACUGAAAGAAGUAAUCAGGGAAAAUGAUCAUCUCUAUUUUGUGUUUGAAUACAUGAAGGAAAACCUUUAUCAGUUAAUGAAAGAAAGAAACAAACUGUUUCCAGAAUCUACAGUGAGGAAUAUUAUGUAUCAGAUCCUGCAAGGACUUGCAUUUAUUCAUAAGCAUGGGUUCUUUCACAGAGACUUGAAACCUGAAAACCUCCUUUGCAUGGGACCAGAACUUGUGAAAAUAGCAGACUUUGGCUUAGCCCGAGAAAUCCGAUCUAGACCUCCUUACACUGAUUAUGUAUCCACAAGAUGGUAUAGGGCUCCUGAAGUCCUUCUGAGAUCCACCAGCUAUAGUUCUCCAAUAGAUAUCUGGGCUGUUGGUUGUAUAAUGGCAGAAGUUUACACAUUGAGGCCUCUCUUCCCAGGCGCCAGUGAAAUUGAUACCGUAUUCAAGAUCUGCCAAGUCUUGGGGACACCAAAGAAGAAUGACUGGCCUGAAGGCUACCAACUUGCAUCCUCCAUGAAUUUUCGCUGGCCUCAGUGUGUACCUAACAACCUAAAAACCCUCAUACCUAAUGCCAGCAGUGAAGCAGUGCAGCUCAUGAGAGACAUGCUGCAAUGGGACCCCAAAAAGCGUCCAACAGCUAGUCAGGCGCUUCGAUACCCGUACUUCCAAGUUGGACAUUCCCUGGGCAUUCAGGAACUGGGAAAACAGAAGGAACUGCAUGAUAAAUCAGCUUUGCAUCAUAUUAAACCUGUCCCUCCAGCGCAACCCCCUCCGAAACCCCACACGCGCGUGUCUUCAAGGCCAUUUCAGCACAGCCAGCCUUCUCAGCAUUUGGUGUAUCCAUAUAAGAUGGACAUCUCUGGAGCUGAUCACAGUAGCCACUUACGGGAAGACAAAUCUAACCAGGUGCUGCUGCCUGCAAUUCACGAUAAGGUCCCUCAGCAGAAAAUAUCUGGUGGAGCUGAAAACAUAAAUAGUGAACUUCAGCCAAAAACUAGGCGAAGAUGGGGGCAUUUUGCUAGAACAGUGAAGAGUUCCGAAGCCUGGGAUGACUUGGAAGAUCUUGAUUUCAGCUCUUCCCUCACAAGAGCUGACUUGAAAAACAAGAAGAGGCAGAGUGAUGAAACUCUUUGUAGAUUUGAAAGCAUUUUGGACCUGAAGCCUUCGGAUGCUGUAGGUUCUGGCAACAGUGCACCUUCGCAUGCUACCUUUCCAAGGCAGGACACUCCCACAUUGCGAGUUUCUGCAGCAAAGCAGCACUACUUGAGACAUUCUAGGUAUCUACCUGGAAUAAGCACAAGGAAUAGCGUAAUCUCCACUUCGAGCAAAGAGUCUGUUCCAUCUAAUCCCUGGCCUAGUUCUGGUUUGCCUGGGAAAGCUUCAGGUUUGGGAGGAAGUAUCAACAGGAUGAAUUCAGGGCCCCUAGGAUCAAGUGGUCUAACUAGUGGUUAUGUCCCUUCGUUUCUGAAGAAGGAAGUAGGCUCUGCUGGGCAGAGGGUUCAGUUAGCACCAAUUGUGGAUCCAUCUUCUAAUUAUGGUUCUUUGAAGUCAGUAGGACCCCAUCUUGGACGACCAUCAUUUAAUUCACCUUCUAAAAGCACACCAAGGUUAAUGCCUCUUCCACCACCAGCUCAGCCAAUCCAUGGGCGUAUUGACUGGUCUUCAAAGUAUGGUGCUCACCGGUGACACAUGGAAAUACUCUUUGAACCAGUGCGUUUCCCAUGAAAUGGUGACUAACGUAAAAUAAUUUGAUAUCAUUUUGUAAACCUGUAAAUUUAAAAGAAACAGAUCCUCUAUGAGUGAAACACUUUGAAGUUUUUUAUUUUUAUUUGUAGUAAUUUGAAUGCAGUCUUGUACCUUUUUGUAUAAAAUUGUUAUAUAAUUGGGUCCAAUUAUUUUCAUAAAUCUGAUACAUUUUGUAUAUAUGGCUUAAGGGGGUUGGCAUUUUUAUAUGAUAAACUUUUAUAAUGAACUUUUUAAAAUUUUAACUGUUUCCUUUAUUAGAUUCAACUUUUUUUAAUGAAAGUGGGUAGAAAAAGCAAAGCGGUGCAAUACUGCAGUGAAAGAACAGUGUUGAGGAAGGGGCAUUCAUCAGACAUUUUCUGAAGAUUAUGUGCUGAGUGUGGUAUUACUGAAAUUAUUACAGCCUCAUCUUGAUGCCAUGCUGCUGUUGUCAUCUACUCAUUUGCUUCAUAUUGACAUCAAAGGAAUGACUGAAGGUACUUUCCUUUGCAGUCAGUGGGGGACUGGUGAAAGUCCCAAGUCAAUGGGAGACUUUUUUUGGUAUUUAUUUUUGCCUUUACAAGGCUUUUGUUGGGCUGCUGUUUAGCUUUCCAGCCCCAUUCUCAGUUCCCAUUGAGGGCUAAUGGGAAUUUGGCCUGAAAGAGAGCAGCAGAAACAGACUCGACUGUUAGAUUGGCUGCAUUCAGCCUGCGUUUUGCUUUUGUCAGAUUUGGGGGAAAUCUUCUGUUUGGUGAUGGGUAUUCAAUAGAUCUGUUUUCUGACAUAGUGUUUAUUUGUCCUGUUUCAAAGUUGUUUCUUGGCAUUGUUCACCAUGAAAUAGAAUGUGGAUCUACUUCAGUGAAAUUUAUUUUAACAUUUCCUAAUGAUUUCUAAGGAAAAAAAACAGAUUCUGCUUUUUUUUUGCUUGCUUUUUUGUUGGUAGGGAAUAUAGGAUCUGAAGACACAUUUAAGACAGUAUUGGCUAUGACAAAGCUGGUUUCACAGAUAAAGUAACAGAGUAUUAGUGACAGCCAGCAGCAGAGUUUAAGGAAACAGUAUCUAUGCAGUUGACUUAAUUUUCACAACAUCCCCCCUCCCUACCCCCUGCCUCUGCAAAUGAGUAAGCUUAAGCUUACUUUAAGUUAUUUUUUUGCUUCAAUACUUUGCUUGCAAUAGAUGAAUAUGCCAGUUCCCAUAAAUUAGGCCCCAGUUUCUACUGGGGAAAAAAAUGAGACCUUACCCUGGUCCUACUAAAAACCAUUCUAAAAUUGCGUUUAGUUGAUUUCACUGAAACUGAUACAGUUCUUUGAAGGAAGAAGUAAGUGACUGUGUUUCAAAGAGAAAAGGAAUUAGUAGGUAAUAGACAAAGGGAAAUGGUCCUGCAGCCUGAGUUAGUUCUGCACUGGAAAGGAGUGCCAGAGUUCAGCCAUUGGCAAAAGGUAAAUUUAGAUCACAGUCAGCGUUUGGGUGUUCUUCCACCUCCUUCCACAGAAAAUUAAGCCUGUGGGUAAAACUGACACAGUGCUGUGGGGGAGCCUCUUCUAGUACAGCUGCGUUUUGAAACAGCACAGCAAAGCUGAAGUGCAUUGUGAAAACACAUCUUCCUGCAGAAGCGUUCAGAAAUGCUCACCUCUUUGGAAACCUUGUCUGAGUUCCUAUCUGUGAACAGAUCAGACAAAUAAAAAUCCAUGCGACUGGGCAGAUAUGGUUCUCUGCAUCUGGCUCUUCUGAAGGGGCUAAGUGGCACAUCUGUUGGUGAGGUCCUCCUGGUGGGAUCUGCCCGCAUCUGCAAGCGGCAGCUGCUGUGGACUGGAGACCUGUAAUGUGCCCUGACCUUUUCGGUGCUUUCCAUGGAGAACGUGUGGGUCCAGAGGAGACUGUACUUCAGAGUCGGCUGCUGGCUCAGUGCUAGGAGGAAACAUGAGGGGCAGGUUGCUUGCAUGGACUCCACAGUAAGACAGUGAUCUCCUGUACAUGGUGGAAAAGGAGCAGAAGGGUCUGUGUUAAAAGGAACAUGCAUAUAGGACUUGUACAUACCAAGGAUAUGUUGUGUGUCCACCUUCUCCAAUUAUUUGUUUAUAACGCAUACUAAUUCCAAACUACACGUAACUGCCUCCAAAGCAGUGAUGCCACUGUGUAGCAAUAAACUAAAGCAGCAAUUUUGAAUUCUAAAGCACACGCUAAUGGUGUAUUUGGGCAAGUGGAAAGGGAAAUAUGUAUAUUUGUGUUAGAACCUGGCUGGAAAGAGAUAUCUGCAUUUAUGUCUAGAUAGCAUUUAAUUUAUUUCCUCACUGGAGAAUUGGUCCCAAGAGGGAAAACCCUGACCGUGUCAUUGCUUAAAUUACCUGCUUAGGUCAGUCUGUUUCAUGCACUUGUCUCCCACUUCCAUUAGUAGGAGUUGUCAUAAAACUGCAUUGCAUCCUAGUAGGCACAAGCCUGUUUGUUGUGAGCUGUCUGUCUGGGCAGGGUGAGUGAGAAUCACCCCAUGAGAGGUACAGCUUACCUGAGAACUUACCCAGGCACCUCCAGAGGGCUAUUAUUUCUGCUAAUUUUUUUUAUUUAAAUUUUUCUUAUUUCUCCUAAAUAUGUGGAAUAGUUCCCAUUAAAGCCAUAGAGGAUGAAUCUGGACCUGACCUGAGCUUUCUGAGCCUUGAUCAACCUUGCAGUGAUUUCCUUGCAUAUAGCAUUCAGGUUUUGAGUUAGUUCAGCAAAAGGAUUUAAACAAAGAAAAACAAUAGUAGUAAAGUUGUCUAAUAUAUCUGCUCCUUUCCCAAAUUAAAACCUUUAUUUUGGGAAAAAAGCUAAUAACCUUGACAUUCAAAAUCACCUAUUCUAGUUUUAACUUGGAUUUGGUGGGAGGGAAAAAUUGCUAAGUAGGAAGUGCAAUGACAAUACUCUCUGUACUCUUUUUGCUCAAGCAAAUUCCUGAUGAAAUUGGAGAAAGUUCUGUUUGAAUAAGGACUAAUUUGACUACACAUUUUAAUGUGCUUUCUCAGUGUGCAAUAUAGGUGGAAAAGGCGUUAGUCUUUACUGAAAUGUGGACAAAAGCAGCAUAUCUGAGAAUUUAUUGUAUGUAAGGUACUACUUUGUCUUAAGGUUCAGCAGCAUCUUUAUGCAGAAUGUUUUUAGAAAUCUGUUGUUCACAUUUUCUCAGGCUUAUGCAUAGCAUUUAAUAAUGACUGUUGGAAAUGAAGGAGCCUGAUAGGGGACUCAUGCACCUCUAUAACCCAGGUUUUCUUAAGUCUUUUGUAAGUGCCAUGAUGUUAGCCAAGAAAAAACCCUAGAAAGCCCAUUUCCGUGGUAUUUCCAUAUCUAGUAAGGCUGUUGUGAAAAGGAUGAUCCGUAAAGUGCGGAGGAAAAUAUUUAUUGAAAGAACAUCUCUGAGCUUAUGUGGAAAGAGAGGAUGAAAUUAUCAUGGCAAAAAAGAUCUUAAAGAAAUGACAGUUCUUGUUUAUUCACUGUUUUUGUUCAAAAAUGUUAUAAAUGUUUGUUUCAGUACUUCUGUGUCAAGUCUCCUGCCCAGAAUAAAGUUACUCUUGAAGAAAUA